UCUAUGGAUGUUCGCUACAAAGAAUUUUCCUUUUAUAAUGUUACGUCGAGUAGACUAAACGUAAAUUAUUUGUCGCAUUUUUAGUUAGCAGAAAUUGAUGUUAGAAGUUUAAUAACAUCUUUUAAACUUCGGUUCACGAGAACGAAUACUUAACAAAUACUCAUGAUUUGCCAUCUAUCGGCAAUAUCUUUGAAACAAGAAUAGAUGUUUUUACUUUUUUGUUUGUUAGGUGGUCAUUGAAAUGAAAACAGCUGAUUGUUUCAUUUUGACGUUGUUCGGUGAACAUAAAAGUGCAAGUAGAUAUCGCAAUACGUUUAUGACAGUUUUAAGUCGUUAUGAUUGAUACUUGCCAAUAUACCUUAUAAAUUCUAUUAUCACCAAGUAUUCUACACAAUUAAAAAUAAUAUUAUCAUCUAAGUAUAUACAGUAGUUACUUAAAUUAUGGCCAGUUCAGUUAGUAGCACUGGUAAUGGUUAUAAUUUUAAAGUAGUUUUACUUGGUGAAGGAUGCGUUGGAAAAACUUCAGUUGCAUUGCGUUAUGUUGAUGGCAAAUUUAAUGAUAAACAUAUCAGCACGCUACAGGCUUCAUUUUUAAAUAAAAAACUAACUGUCAAUGAUAAAAAAGUAAAUUUAGCGAUAUGGGACACGGCUGGUCAAGAAAAAUUUCAUGCAUUAGGACCAAUCUAUUAUAGAAUGUCUAAUGGUGCCAUUUUAGUUUACGAUAUCACAGAUGAAGAUACAUUUCAAAAGGUAAAAAAUUGGGUUAAAGAACUCAAGAAAAUGUUAGGCAGUGAAAUUUGUUUAGCAAUAGCAGGAAAUAAAGUAGAUCUUGAAAAGAACAGAAGUGUUUCCAUUCAAGAAGCAGAAGAAUAUGCUAAACAAGUUGGAGCCAUGCAUUAUCAUACUUCUGCCAAGUUAAGUCAAAAUAUUGAAGAAAUGUUUUUGGACUUGACACAACGUAUGAUACAACAUGCAGAUGAAGCAGAACAGAAGUCUACAUUAACUAGAACAAAUAGUACACGCCGUAAUGUUGUUGUAGUUGAAGAUGAGGCUGAAGAAAGACAAUAUGCUAAAAGUUCCUGUUGUGGUGGUUCUUCACAAGCAUCUUAAUUUUCAGAUACUUGUUCUAAACUUGGUUCUAAUUUUAAAUAUGUAUAUAUAAUAUAUAUGUAUAUUGCCUAUCUCAUAGGCUACUAUAUUUUUUUUAAAUUGAUUUUUUCGAUAAAAUCAUCAAAUGAUUGCAUUAAUAAUCAUGAAAUAGCAUAAAGAAAUUUCUUUCAGCUGCAUUGGUACAAUGUAAAAAAUAAUACUACAACGUUUUAGUACAGAACCAAAUAUGUUCUCCAUUUGAGCUUUAUGGUUUAAGUGACCACUAUCUAUUGUUAUUUCAUAUUUAUAAAAUAUUUAUAUAUUACUGUUGUUUUCUUUUUUAAAUAACAUUUUGUUGUACUAAAUAAAUUAAUAAUUGAUAAGUGUUGAAUGAUAUUGCAGUACUAAAAAAAAGCAACAUUCUUAUAGGAGUAUGAGCAUCAACAAACCUUGAUUUUUUUAUAAUUAUAAUUACUGAACAUUUUCCACAAUGCGAAAAUUUUAUACACGCGAAAAGAUUUAAUCGAAUAUUAUUCUUAUAACAUCUAAAAAAUUCCCAAUGAUGUAAUUUCAUAUACCAACAUCAACCAACAAUGUAACAAUGUAAAUAUUAAUAUUAGUGAUUUUACUGUACAAAGACUAUAAAGGAAAUGACUGACGUGCUACACAUUAUGUCAUUAAAUUUUUACUAUUUCAUUUUUUUUCUUAAAAGGAAAAAUACGAUGAUCUAGGAAUAAAUACAAAGCCUAAGUAAUUUAACUUAGCGCGCGAUAAGAAAUACUAAUUAUAUUUUGGGAAUUGAUUUUUAUGUAUUUUAGUAUUUUAUUACAUUGAUAGAGCCUCAGUCGACUCAUAAACCAAAUAUCUUGUUACUCAUAUAUGUCAUAUAGCUAGAAGAUUUAUUACAAUUAACAGAUGUAUGUAUUUCUGUCAUAUAAACGUAUGUAUGUAUAUUCAAAUACUAUUGUGUUUUAAUAAAAAGUUAAUUAACAUA